AUGCUGAUCGUUUUGAUUCUGUUAAAUUUGAUCGUCGUAACAUCAACCACUGGUAGUUGGCAUCAACUUGAUGGCAUCGAAUAUUACAUUGAGUAUACAGUAGUUUAUAGAGUUGAUAAAGCAAAGAAAGGUUGUAAAGCAAUGAAUGCCAUUCUAGCUGUUGUUAAAUCUCAACGAGUUCAAGAUUUUCUCGUCAAGAAUAUCGAUCCCACAAAGUUAACAGUUGCGCCAUAUUCAUUCUACAUUGGUUUGAGUCGUACCAGUUCAAAUACAUUGCAAUGGUCGGAUGAUACAACAACUAAUACAUCGGUCUUCACUUAUUGGGAUGCCACUGAUGACAUCUACGACUCAAGGAAACUUUGUGUUACCAUGGGAUUUCACGCUGCUUUAAAUGUUUUAUAUAAAUGGAAGAUUGAACGGUGCAGUAGUGCACAUCGUUAUAUUUGUCAAAGAAACCUGCCCACAACAAUAGCUCCAACAACAACAACAACAACUACUACAGCUCCUACAACUACUACAACUGUUACAACUAAACAAAUAACAACAGAAGGUAUGACUUCAAAAGGAAUAACAACAACCGAAACGAUUAUAACAUCUACGAACAAUUCUUCUAUAGAUAACACUGCAACAGUGAAUAAAGCACCUACGAGCGGCACGAGCGGUACGAGCGUGGUUGGUUACGCAAUGAUCGGUGUUGGAGCAAUAGUUGUCAUUGUAAUUUGUGGAAUAAUCUACAUCAAGUAUUACAGGUUAGAUUAUGUACUUAAUAAUAAAACGUUACAUUGAAUCGAUAAUAUAA